AUAUCUCCUACUGUGCGGUUACCUCCUGAUCUCGACCCAGAAUACUCCGAUUUAGACUCAGAAUAUUCAGAUAAGUCUGAUAUUGAUAGUGUUUUUGACAACGAUAGUCAUAAGGGCUCCGAGUGUAGGAGCGAUAAGACUAUCUCAGAAGAGUCUCCCGAUAACGACGAAGUGGACUUUAAAGACGCUGACUUUGAUGAGAGCUAUUACGACGGUCAAGAUUACAGCCCAGGCAGUGAUAUUCUCUUGAAUGUAAUAGAAGAUACAUGGAAAGAGUUCUGCAAGGUUGUUGACCGCGACCCUAAAGCAAGUUAUAUAUCCCUUUCUAUUGGGAUAUUAUGUAAUUUCUUUAACUGGCGCUUAAAUCAAAAAGUCAAUAAAGAUGGCAGAAAGCUCUGUAGAAUAAAGAAGAAAAGUUCCUUAAGUAUAUACUGGAAAGUGUUCCAGCUAUACGUUAAAAGGGCUACCGGCGAUAAGAUUGACCCAAAAUUGAACCGGAAGAUAUACAGAGCUCUUAGAGACCUAGCUAAAAAGCAUGGGCUGAGCGAUGAGAAGCGGGUGAACCGCUAUAUAACUAUUGAAGAUCUGUCGGAGCAGGUUCAGAUAAUACUAAGUACAACCGAAAAAUCUUUUCAGCUAGGAGAGAUUCGAAUUCUCACAGUUUUAUUUCUCCUUUUACUUACGCCUGCUGGCGCUCACCCUGUAUCUAUUUUACGACUUCGAUUCGGUAAUAUUCGUAUAGUGUUAGCACGGGAUCCUGAAGGUGGUGCAUAUAAUAUCCUUACUCGUUUCACCUUGGCUUUUACAAAGACAUAUCUUGGAGUUAAAGAUAUUAAGACCUUUACAGUUCCUGAGAACUUCUUUGAUCCUUCACUAUUCCUCAGCCCUCAUAUCUACCUUUUAGGUAUCCUGUUUCGCCAUCAGGUUUUCAAGGCUCCAAGCCUUAUCUCCCCCGAUAAACUAGAUAUUCUCGAUAUUCACGAAGGAGAAAAGGAGCUACCACUACCUUUGAAGAAAGAGUUCGAUAACUGUCUGGUAUUCCGCCGCGCUAUCAAGACCCUUACUGGGUAUAAUAUCUCUAUGGACGCACCUAUCACUCUGUGCUAUGCCGCAGCUAAUGGGUUUGACCAAAGUAGUUCGUUUUUCUACCAACUCCCAGAUAGUCCCAAGAUCUUCUGUCGC